AUGACUCUGUGGAACGGCGUGCUUCCUUUUUACCCCCAGCCCCGGCACGCCGCUGGCUUCAGCGUCCCGCUGCUUAUAGUCAUUCUGGUAUUCUUGUCCGUGGCUGCCAGCUUCCUGCUCAUUUUGCCCGGGAUCCGUGGCCACUCGCGCUGGUUCUGGUUGGUGAGAGUUCUUCUCAGUCUAUUCAUAGGUGCAGAAAUUGUGGCUGUGCACUUCAGUGGAGAGUGGUUCGUGGGUAGCGUGUGGACCAACACAUCCUACAAAGCCUUCAGUGUGGAGCGAGUUCAAGCCCACGUCGGUCUGCACGUUGGGCUGGUGGGCAUUAACAUUACACUCAAAGGAACCCCAGUUCAGCAGCUGAACGAGACGAUUGACUACAAUGAGCAGUUCACCUGGCGUCUGGAUGAGGAUUACAAAAAGGAGUACGUGGAUGCGCUGGAGAAGGGGCUGCCCGAUCCAGUGCUAUACCUGGCGGAGAAGUUCACACCGGACAGUCCUUGCGGGCUGUACUACAAGUACCACCUGGCGGGACACUACGCGGCCGCCACGCUGUGGGUGGCGUUCUGCUUCUGGAUCAUCGCCAACGCGCUGCUCUGCAUGCCCGCCCCGCUGUACGGAGGCCUGGCGCUCCUGACCACCAGCGCCUUCACGCUUUUCUCGGUCUUUGCCUUCGCCUCCAUCUCCACGGUACCGCUCUGCCAGUUCCGCCUGGGCUCCGCUGCACUCACGCCUCACUACGGCGCCGCCUUUUGGGUCACACUGGCAACGGGCAUCCUGAGCCUCCUCCUCGGAGGGGCGGUGGUGAUUUUCCACUAUACUUGGCCCAGCGCCCUUCGCUCCUUUCUGGAUCUAAACAUCAAGGACUACAGUAGCGAGACAAAUGGGUUCUCAACUGUCAUCCUCAGCAACCCACUGCACAAGCAGUUCGGGGUCUCAGAUUUAAAGAUCACCACUGCCUUGUGA